AUGGCAGGAUUUAUCUUGAAAAAAACAGCUACCAAUGGAAGUAGCAAAAAGUCUACUACAGCCAGUGCUUCAAAAAAGAGUGUAUCAAAUCAUUCAGUUUCAGCUAAGAAGAAGACUGUGACCAGUUCAUCAUCGAGUUCUUCUUCUAGCUCGUCUGAUUCAUCAGAUUCUGAUGUGCCUGCCAAAGCAAAGUCUGAUAGUAGCUCGUCGGAUUCGUCAGAUUCUGAUGUGCCUACCAAAGCAAAGUCUGAUAGUAGCUCAUCAGAUUCAUCGGAUUCGUCAGAUUCUGAUGUGCCUACCAAAGCAAAGUCUGAUAGUAGCUCGUCGGAUUCAUCGGAUUCAUCAGAUUCUGAUGUUCCUACCAAAGCAAAGUCUGAUAGUAGCUUGUCAGAUUCGUCAGAUUCUGAUGUGCCUGCCAAAGCAAAGUCUGAUAGUAGCUCGUCGGAUUCAUCGGAUUCAUCAGAUUCUGAUGUUCCUACCAAAGCAAAGUCUGAUAGUAGCUCGUCAGAUUCAUCGGAUUCGUCAGAUUCUGAUGUUCCUACCAAAGCAAAGUCUGAUAGUAGCUCGUCAGAUUCAUCGGAUUCGUCAGAUUCUGAUGUGCCUACCAAAGCAAAGUCUGAUAGUAGCUCGUCGGAUUCAUCGGAUUCAUCAGAUUCUGAUGUUCCUACCAAAGCAAAGUCUGAUAGUAGCUUGUCAGAUUCGUCAGAUUCUGAUGUGCCUGCCAAAGCAAAGUCUGAUAGUAGCUCGUCGGAUUCGUCGGAUUCUGAUGUGCCUACCAAAGCAAAGUCUGAUAGUAGCUCGUCAGAUUCAUCAGAUUCAUCAGAUUCUGAUGUGCCUACCAAAGCAAAGUCUGAUAGUAGCUCAUCAGAUUCGUCGGAUUCAUCAGAUUCUGAUGUUCCUACCAAAGCAAAGUCUGAUAGUAGCUCGUCAGAUUCGUCGGAUUCAUCAGAUUCUGAUGUGCCUACCAAAGCAAAGUCUGACAGCUCUUCGAAUUCGUCCAAGUCCAAAAGUAAGUCUUUAAAAAAGAGUAAAUCCAAAAAAAGCUCUAGCUCCACAAAAUGCACUACAUCUUCGAGUAGUGAAACUGUUGAAAAAGAAGCUAUUUCCACAUCAACUCCAAUCAGCGGACUAAAGCGUAAAGCUGAAAAAGCUAAUACACCUCCAAGUACCUCGUCGGGUAAACGAUAUAAAGUAGAUGCGAUCCAGCAACGUUUCCAGCGUGUACGUGCUGAAGAGGUCGAGUUUGCUGACGAAAAACUCAAGGAUAACCGGUUUGUAUCAAAGGGUGGUGCUGAUGGCGACUAUGGUUACAAGGCACAUAUGGAUCUGAUUGUUACACGUGGCAAAGGAUUUACAAAAGAGAAAAACAAGAAAAAGCGUGGAAGCUAUCGAGGUGGUGUGAUCAAUUCGAAUGCUGUUCACUCUAUCAAGUUUGAUGAUUCUGACUAGAUUUAAUGACGUUGAGAUUGUUGAAUGGAAACAAUAAAGUUGUGUGUUGAG